UGCAAGAAGUGGGUUGCCCACUGAAAGGUAAUCUCCAGCAGUCGGCAGUGUAUGCCUUAGACUCUUUGGAACAGGAUGUGGAAGCGGCCUUCGUGGGUUCCAAACAGAUGCACAGAUGCUCAACAAGAUUAUUCACAUUCAACUGGACAGCUCCGUUAAGGUGGCCGAGAAAGAUUUGUGGCUGCGCAGCCAUGAAAUCCUGUUCGUGGACAAUCCAGAUGCACCACGUCUCAGCUGGCUUGAGCUCUACUCAGUCGCCACCAGCCUCCUCAUUCGGGCCAAGUACUUGGGCAACUUUGACCACCUCCAAUGCGGUAGAUGAUAUGCCUGGAAAAGCAUACUCUUACUAUAU